AUGGCGGAUUACUUUGGUGCGAAAAGUAGGAAAUGGGACGUAAAGCCGCGGAAACUGGCCGCAAUAUCAAUCGUGUAUUCGGUGAAAGCACAUAGUGAACGUACUGUUCAACAUUGGUUUAAAAUAUUUCGUGGUGGUGAUGAAAGUCUCGAAGAUAAAGAAGGUCGGGGGCGGCCUUCUGCCAUUGAUAAUGAUGUACUGAAAGCAUAUGUCGAAGAUGACCCGUGUACAACUGUGAGAGAACUUGCAAAAAAUCUAAAUGCAAAAGACGAGUCCUCUGGAAAGACCAUUCCCGUGUUCCUCGUCCCUUUUCCAAUAAAUGACAGCAUGGAAGCGCACAGCGAGAGUCCAUCUAAUCAAACAUCCACCGUUGGUGUCUUGGUUUCAGGCAAUAAACUGAUCUGCGACUGCAAGCUGGCAUGGAUCUGGGGCCUGAGGAACGAGACGAAAAACAAGCAGCUACGGCACUCCCUGGAAGAGCUCACUUGCUUCCUGGAGAGCAAUAACGCAACGCUGAAGAUCAACAACGAGGACCUCGAAUGGAACGAGGCGCUCGAGAUUGCACGGAACUCAGGGGAAUAUCGCGCCAGUGGCCUGAGAGGCAGCAACAUCGAGGACGACAACCUAUACAUCGGCGACGACUACGAGAGCAAAGAUGGAUACGAGGAUUCCUCCUCGAAUUCCGAUUUUCAGCCGGAGAUGCAGAUGGUCGAGGGUAAGGUACACUACAAGAGGACCCUGUUGGACCUGAAGUUGGAGGAGCUUCCGUGCCCAGAGCCCUCGAGGGAGGAUCUAAUGGCGUCCGAGCAGCCAUCGAGUCGCCAUGAGAACGCUCGCGUGGGUUCCUCGGGUUCCAUCUGGUCCUCGUCCUCGCCUGCCCUUCUACGCCUCGACCUGUCCGUCCUCCUAUACUCUAUGCUCCUGUUGCCGUCAGUGUUGUUCACGUAG